AUGGAAAAUCUUCUUGCUCAUUUAGGUAUAUUGGCUCAGGCGAAGCACCUUGUACCAGCUGAGCAAGUGAUUAUGACUGACAUAGAAGAGCUGAAUGUUUUAUUAUCUAAGGAUGUUUCGCCAGAUCUUUAUCCUGAAUUAGAAAAGACAUUAUUGUCACUAUUUUCAAUUAAUUCAGGACAAUUCAGCGUCCAAUGUGCAAUUCAUAUAGCAUCUACACUCGUCAAAGUCUAUGAUCUUAUGAAAAGAGCUGAAUAUUGGAACAUCAUCAACAUUGCAACUGACAAUCCAACCACAGCAACACUUGUAGCUACAGGAUAUAUUAUCAAGAAUAUUGGCAACAAAUUUAAAUCACAAUUACCAAGAUUUAUUGAACAUUGCUUAAAACAAACUAAAUUUGAACAGGCUUGCUUAUACUCUCUUACCGCAUCACUAGAAGCUGGUGGCAAGUCAGUUUACCAAUUCAUUCCUCGUGCUUUUGAUUAUUGCAGGAAAACUUUAUUAAAAUGCAACCAAACAACGAUGCAAGAAGCAAUUACAUUCCUCAGGACAAUUGUUAACAUAAUCAGCUCCGGGGAAACCACCAAUGUUACGAUUCCUCAGAUUUUAGACACAAUUCGCAUUUGUUUCCAGCAAAACUCACCAUUCAUACGAUCAGACAUUGCAAACCUUGUUGCGGCGUGUGCGUACGAACCAUUCUACAACGUAGAUACUACCAAAUCCGUUUCAGAAUGGGAUGUCGGCAAAAUGAAACACGAAGCAGAAGGAUUAGACUUCACGAAGUCAUUCGGAAUCAUUCAGUCCUUCCCAUCCAUCAUCGAUCUCUCUGUUUCAGCCUUUUUCCAGUUACUUGGCCCAGAAAUUAUAUUUUUGAACCAUUCUUCACUGAUGAAAUUCAUUCGCCAGAGUUCAUUUAGUUCCAUAUCGAAGCUCAUCUCCAAUCUACCAUCCGAUAUCCGCUACAUGCACUUCAAAAACCUAAUUCACGAAAAUCUCUCCGUCCAACAGAUCAAAUUGAUGUCAUUGCUCUGUCCAGAUGAUGGCUCGAUCGGGGAGUCCUCCAAUGUUGCCUUCAAAGCCGCCAUUUCCGAUGACAAAGAGCUCAGAAGAGUUGCAAAAGAGUUUUUCUCAGCUUUGGCAAAAACUCAUCCACAAGCAGCACUUCCUGCUCUUUCUUUAGCCCUUACGACAGCGAAAUCCAAAUAUUCGCAACAGGAAAUAGCAAUGCAUUCCAUCUAUUGCGCUGUUUCAAUCCUAAAAUCAAUAGAUCAGAAAAAUUUGGCAGCUGAAAAUUGCCGAUCACAAAUUGAGAGCCUUCUCAAAAUUAGUUUUCACGAAAUUGAUGUUAAUUCGUAUUCCUUUAGCAGUGUUUUAUUACUUUUAGCCUAUUUACCUGAAGAAUUUUCUGAAUCUGAAAUAUCGAAGAAGGCGAUUUCGACUGCCAUUGAUUCUGUUCUCAAAGACAAAGCGCAUACAACACUUAGAACAUUCAAGAAGUUGUUAAGUAGUCUUUUUUCACUUGUUGAGAACAAUGAAAACUCAGAUUUGUCAAAACAUCUUUUAAUUGCUGCUUUAAUGGCGAAUAACAUCAAAUUACCACGCACCGUGUUACUUUCUUUCCUCAAACUUGUUCCAAAGGUUCUGAAAGACCAACCAUUGGCUCUUUCAACAGCAUUAAUGAUUGUCAGGUUUUCUUUGGGCUUAAUUCCUUCCACGGACUUAGUUGUUAGGAAUCGAACACGUCCACUUCCUGUUGGCAAGAACUUGCUGAAGCAGGAGGAGGAAUUAACAUACCAACAAAAGAAAGACGAUGAAUUUUUACAAAACGUCAUUGAAAAUUUGAGUGUUUUAUUGGUCAGUUGUCCAAUAGACGAUGUCCAUGUUGUUGUUAGAGAAAUAUUAGAACAAACAACACAGACACAAACAACAAUUUUGUUAUUGAUAUCAAUUGUCAAAGAAAAUUCUUUGCAUCAAACAUUGCCAACUAAUUUUCCUUCAUUUAUUUUGUCCCUUCUUUUGCAACCUGGCAAUGAAAAGCUUCAACAACUCUUAUGUGAGUUAUUAUCAAUUUUCGUUUCUUUCCAUUUAGAAUUGUUAGGAAAAAUUUUCAAUCAUGUUGAUGCAAAACCGUUUUUAUCGUCGACUAUUUUGAUUGAUUCAAUUUUCAGUCAUAUGAGUGUUCCUUCACAAUUCAUCAGUCGCGCCAUAGUUUAUUUAGACUGUCGCAUGAAAGACAAGACGCAAAUGAUGUUUGCAAUUCAUGCAAUUACAACAAUUAUUUUGACACACGCUAUGCAAGUUGCAAGUUUAGGAAUAACUGCGAAUCAGUUCAAUGUUUUAUUGCAAGCAUUGCAUAGCCAUAUCAGUUUAAGUCCGACAGCUUUGUUUAUAUUCAUGGAAUUGUUUAAAGUUCUUGUUGAAACGGUUUCGAGUGAUAUUUUAUCGCAUGAAAAAGAAAUUGCUGUAAUUUUAAGAAGUUUUCAGUUUACACCUAUUGAAUAUUCGAAAGAGAUUUAUUAUGAAUGUUCAAGAGCUGUUUAUACUUUUGCUCAUAACUUGAGUUAUUUAGCACCUAUUUCUUUUAAUAAUAAUUUAACAAACCAAGCAUCUUUAGCUUGUUGUUCUGCUUUUUAUGAUUUGAUGAAAUUCGAAACAUGCGAAUUUGAAAACGAGAAAUUAUUACCAAGGUUAUUAGUUUUGCUGCAAGAAACGAAAGAUAAAAGAUGUUCUAAUUUCAUUAUCCAAAUUGCAUCAACAAUGAAAUUAAAAGAUGUUCAAUUUUGGAUUUCUAAUUGCAGAAGAAUUUUAAUUACUGGAUCUCUUCUGCAGAAUUCAACAACAACAAUUGAACCAUGUCCUGAAGUUAGAUUAUGCUUCAUGACAUUGAGCAAAUACAUUCCGAAAUUGUUAAGUGAAAUGCCUGUUCUAAAAACAGAGUAUUUGGAUGAUUUGAUUUCAAGUGUUUGCAGAGCAACAGAUACAGAUAGAGUUGCUUUGCAAGAAGCUGCUUUCCCAAUCCUUCAAAACGUAAUUGACUUGUUUAGAGAUAGAUUCGCAGAUGAAGGUGGAAGACUAUUGGAUUUGUAUGACUCUCAAUUCUCUCAAACUGUAAGAGUCGGAUUUCAAUUGCCUUUAAUCGUUUCUGGCGGUUUUCUUAGUACUUAUUUAAGUUUCAGUACUAGUAAUAUCAAAACUGAUCCAGAAAAUUGCGCCAAUGUAUUGGUAGUUUAUGUAACUGGCCUCAGCCAAUGCAAACAAAGGAAUUCUUCUUAUUUCCAGUUGGCAACACAUCUCUGCAACAUCGCAAGAAAUUAUCCAAUGAUUUCUGAUUUGAUCGGUGACUUUUUGAAGACAUUGAGUCCAAUUUUUGUUGAUAUUGUGUUGAGAGCAAUGAAUUUGUACAAGGAUAGAAAUGACUGGAGAUCUUUGACUAAAUUUAGAUCAUUGGCACAGUCAUUUUACAGAGAAUUAUUAAGUGCUUUCAUAUGGUUACAAUCGAAAGAAGAAAAGAAAGUCAUAAAAAGUGACAGUUUGGUCGCAUUUUUAGCGAUUGAAUUACAGCAUUCACAAGAAAACUGGUUGUCGUUGGCUGCUUUUGAUGCACUCUCUGUUGCCUUGAGACAGGAAGGAGCGAAAAUCGAUCCAAGACUCGUAAAACUGUCCUUGGAAGUCGCUGCAAACUACAAAGGUGUAAAUAAAUCACAGGUUUCCGAAUUAAUUGAUUCUUGUGCGUCACUUUUAACAGAAAAUUCUGAAUACGAUGAAUUAAGAAAAACCGUUUUGUCAUUGACAUUAACAAACCACUUCAGUCCGACUGUUUUAGGACACUUGAUACAUUCGGAUAAAAAGUCAACUUUGUCAAUUUACGCGGAAGCAAUUUUGGACGGAAUUUUGACAAAUUUGACAGAGAAAAAGAUCACUUCAGAAAUUGCCGGCGCAUUGAUAAAUCUCCUUAUUUCUCACAGUCCAAAAGUCAGCGGAUCGACAAUAGACAGAGUUCUUGAUUUAAGUGAUGAUUUGAGGGACUUCAAACUCCAAACAAUUUCGAGAUGUUUGUUGCAUAAAAACAUCGAAGUUCCCCUUGAAAAAUUGUCACGUUUUUGCAUCAGUUCAUUCAAACGUGGCGGAAUGAAUUUGAUUGCAAAAUGUCUUAUACAUAACGAAGAUGUUGGUGUCAGUCUUUUGAGCAGAGGCGCUUGCAAGGCUGCUUUCUUGUUGGCUCAAAAAGAUUUGCAAAAUUCAAGAGCUUAUUUCUUGUUCUUACAUUUGGUUUUGAAUACUUUACAAAAAAGUGACAAAGUGAUGUGUGAAGAAUUUUGUGUCCCACUGCUUAAAUUGUGCAUUUCAUUCACUUCCAAGUUGAAAGUUGAUUCCCAGAUCGACAGGAAACUUUACGCGAUUGUUGCAAGAAUUUGCAAAGAUUGCGUAACAAUUUCUCCUCAAAAAUGCAGUUACGCAUUCAACGAAGUGAAUGAAAAUGAAAGGAAACAGAUCAUGACAAUGACUGAGGUCUGUAUAAAUGCAGAGAAACAGAGAAUGAAGACAGAACAAUUAGUAGCUUUCUCAACAAACCAAAGAAGUUCAAGAAACGAAUGGCAGACAUUGGAUAUCGAAGAUUAA